UACAUGACCACAUCAAUGGGUAACCCCCACUACCUACCUGCUGUCUGCAUCCAGGUCACUAUCAUCAACUUCACGGUCACUUUUGACGGUCUCCAGGAACAGCUUCUGUCCAUGGUGGUCAAACAGGAACGUCCUCAGCUAGAGAGCCAGAGAAGUGAGCUACUGUCCAGUAUCGCCCAUGACUUGCAACUACUGAGAGACUUGGAGGAUAAGUCCCUGAGUUUACUGCAGAAAUCUCAAGGCCAUAUCCUAGAUGACCAAGACCUAGUGGACACCCUGAAGAAAAGUAAAGUGACCAGUGGUGAAAUAUCUCAGAGAGUCCAGCAAUCAGAGGAGACAGAGAAGAGUUUGAAUAAAGCCAGACUCAAGUAUUUACCUGUAGCCACCAGGGGCGCUGUGCUCUACUUUGCCCUCUCUGACCUUGCCUCCGUGGACGUCAUGUACCAGUUCUCCCUGCCCUGGUUCCAGAACAUGUUCAUCACCUGUAUCAGCACCCCUGAGGACCGCCCGUCCUCGGCCGACAGAGCCAGCAGUCACCUGCGUGGCACCCUACGCCCCUCAAGCAGAGGCAGCCCCGACCUGGCCCCCCAAAAGACAGAAAAAGACCCUCCUCUCAGACCCUCGGCUCACGACCUAAACAAACACAUGAAGCAGAUGAUUGACAGGCUGACGUACAGCGUUUACCGGGCAGUAUCGGUGGGACUUUUCUCCAAUCACCAGCUGAUGUUUUCUUUUAUGCUGAACACCAGUGUGAUGCGGUCCAAUGCUAAGUAUGGAGACAUAGUGAGCCAGAUUGGUGUGAUAGAAGACACAGAGUGGAUGGUGUUCUUACAGGGCUCAGUACUGGCCAGUAUGAUGGAUGAAGACACUCUACAGGCUCAUGAUGGUCUGAGUGCCAUGCAGCGUCUAGAGUCCCAGUCCCAGGGGGUGGUAUUUCAGAGACCGAGAUGGGUCACGCCCUCUAUGUGGAGAGAGUGUCAGUACAUGGAGGCCACUAUGCCUGUGUUUGACCACCUGCUCCGUAGCGUUAUGAGUAACAGGGUACAGUGGGAGUUGUUCGCCAGGACGGAGGACCCCUAUCAUAUCAUGGAGGCUGCCUUUGAUCCUGCUGUCAUUGCACAAGGUGAAGAAAACAUCAACCACAUGUACAAGGAAAUAUUCCACUGGGAAAAUCUAAGCAGGUUUCAGAGACUAAUACUUAUUAAAACACUAAGACCUGAAACCUUGGUAGCAUCUGUCCGCAUGUUUGUCAAUGACCAGAUGGGGUCCAAGUUCCUGUCCACUGGCGCCUUUGAUCUCAGAGAGGUGUUUGAGGAAUCGUCUGCUAAGACUCCACUCAUCUUUAUACUGUCUCCAGGCUCAGACCCCGGGGGUCAGCUACUGAGGUUUGCUAAAGAACUGAGGGGGAGUACCCUGCAUCUGGACAUGAUCUCCCUGGGGAGGGGGCAGGGCCCCAAGGCAGAGGAACUCAUCUCCAAGGCUCAGAUCUUGAAGGGAAGAUGGGUGUUCUUGCAGAAUUGCCAUCUUGCAGCUUCCUGGAUGCCUAAACUACAGGAAAUAGUGGACAAUUUCAACAAGCCAAAAGCUGAUGUGGAUCCCCAGUUCCGUCUGUGGUUGAGUUCCAAACCAGACCCCUCCUUCCCCAUCUCUAUACUACAGACUGGGUUCAAGAUGACUGUGGAGUCUCCACAAGGUCUGAAAGCCAACCUAGCCCGGUCAUUUGGCACUGGCGGAACAGGUGCUGUUAGUGAGAAACUGUACGAUGACGUGGACAAGGAGGCGUCAUGGCGGAACCUGUUGUUUGGUCUGUGUUUCUUUAAUGCUGUGAUACACGAAAGGAAGAAAUAUGGAGCCUUGGGGUGGAAUAUUCCAUAUGAGUUUAAUGAUUCUGAUUUAGAGGUGUCAAUUCUUCAACUGGACCUGCUGCUGGGGAUGGAGGGGGAGGGGUUGCCCUGGGCCGCCCUGCGUUAUUUGACCGGAGAGGUCACUUAUGGUGGGAGAGUGACAGAUGACUGGGACAGACGAUGUCUACACAGUCUUCUACGCAGAUUCUACUGUGCUGAGGCCCUGGAACCUGGAUAUACAUAUUCACCAGAUGAGGUGUACCACCCUCUGCCUCCCAGCUUUACCUUCUCAGAGGUGAAGCAGUACAUCGAUGGCCUCCCCCCUGUGGACUCCCCCGAGGUGUUUGGGAUGAACCAGAAUGCCGAGAAAGCUUACCUGGAGAGUCAGGCCAAAGAACUGGUGGACACCAUUAUAAGUCUACAGCCCAGGCUGUCUGGAGGGAUGAUAGGGUCCAACAAGAGUAGUGAUGAGCUUGUCCUAGAGAUGGCAGCAGAUAUCAUGAGGAGCCUGCCAGAGACAAUGGAGGACGUGGAAGAGGAAGAGGAGGAGAAGCAGACGUCAACCAGCAAGAGAGAUAUGUUUCAUUGUUUGUCUGAUGUCUUCAAAGUGGCUGCAGUGCCAGGAGAAAAACGAGCAAGAAGCCACGCCCCCACCCCAGUGGCAGACGGCCCCUCUCACCCAGAGCUGGAGGCCCUGCAGCCAAUCUUCCAGUCUGCUCUGGUCACUGUCCUGCGCCAGGAGAUCGACAGGUUCAACAACCUCCUUGAAAUCAUCCACAAGUCCCUGCGCGAGCUGUGCCGUGCCGUUAAGGGCGAGAUUGUGAUGUCAGAGCCACUAGAGGAGGCUUAUAACGCCAUGUUGACACAGAAAGUACCAGCUCAGUGGAAGCAAGCUGCCUAUGAAAGUUGUAAACCUCUGGGCUCCUGGGUGAAGGAUUUAAUCCAGAGGGUGGACUUCUUUGCCAGUUGGUCAGACCUUGUAGUAGAAGCUGCUAACAGGGUGGUCAGACCCCCUCCUCCCCCACAGCCCAUGUCCAGGGGGCAAACACAGGUGGAUGCCCAUGACCUCAUCAAGACAGAGGCCAGAGAGACUCCCAGGAGCUUCUGGUUGCCUGGUUUCUUCUUCCCUCAAGGUUUCCUAACUGGAGUCUUCCAGAAUCACGCCAGGAAGCAGGGAGUGUCUGUGGAUUCCUUGAUGUUCCAGUUUGAGGUGAUCAACACCAACCCACAUGAUAACGAGGAGAGCCUGAAUGAUGUGAAGCAGAAGAUUCCUGUCAGGGACUGGGGGUUUAAGGGUCCUCCUCCACCAAAGGAAGGGGUUCUUGUGUUUGGAUUGUACCUGGAUGGUGCCAGGUGGGACCCUAGCAACCACUCGGUGAUGGACUCUCUGCCAGGACAGAGGUUCUGUAGACUGCCAGAGAUACAUUUUCUACCUGCUCAGAUCUCCACUACAGUUCCUGUUCAACAGACUGACUCACCAGUCGACAAUGCCUUCAAAACGAAAGAGGAAGAUCCUGAGAAGAAAUCCUACGAAUGUCCACUGUAUCGUACCUCAGCCAGGGCGGGAACUCUGUCCUCAACUGGUCACUCCACAAACUUUGUGACCACCGUCCAUCUCCCCACAGACCACUCCCCAGAAUUCUGGGUAACCAGGGGGGUGGCUCUUCUCUGUCAACUAGAUGAUUAAUAUAAGUGCCACCAAAAUGAUGAA